AUGGACUGCCCAUUCUAUCAAUACAAGAGCCUGGCUGCGCCCGAUCAUAUCCGCCUCAUUACCAUCCUUCCUGGAGAGCGGGGAUCGGCAAUCAAACUCGGUAUCGAGCAUGCCGACAUCAACUCGCAUCCCAACUAUGAGUGCCUGUCGUACGCUUGGGGGACAGACGGUCCGGACCGGUCCAUCACUAUUAACGACUCUUCGUUAUUUGUCACUGCUACCCUCUAUGUCGCACUCGAGCAUCUUCGCCAUGCAUCACAAGAGCGCAAGAUUUGGAUAGACGCUAUUUGCAUCAACCAGAAAGACUUCGCUGAGCGCAAUAGUCAAGUCGCUAUCAUGAGGAAGAUUUACAAGAAUGCGACGCGCGUAGUUGUGUGGAUUGGACCUGCUACCGAGUCGAGCGAACAGGCCAUGGAAUUUUUGGAGAUGUUGGCUACAGCUAGGAAACAUCGCAAAUGGUAUACGCGCGAUUGGUCCAGGUUGGAUGAAAAGGCUAAGGAGCCAAAACCCGACCCGCCAAUACCAGACCCGCCAGUACCAGACCCGCCAGUACCAGACCCGCCAAUACCUGACCUGCCAGAAUCAGACCCACGCUUGCAAGAAUUGAUUGAUCGCCGGUACGACGAAUUCGAUGAGUACAUGGUGGCUGUGGAAACUGCGGAAGCUACAAAGCACGAUUUCGCCGUGACAGGCAUUCCCGUACUGUAUAACAUGGAUGGCAAUCCCUACGACGAGUAUUUCAAGAAUGAAUGGGAGGCCUAUUGGGAGGCCCUCGAUGAGCUACUUGCUCGCCCUUGGUGGGAGCGGACCUGGAUUCAUGGGACGAUAUUGGAGAUGCUCUGGAAGGCAUGA